AGUGUAAACUCUUGACCACGUGACACCCGGGAUCAGGUGGUUGGGCCAGCCUCCGUCUAAGAGCUGUGAUUGGCUGGCUCUAUUACUAACGACGCCACGAGGGGCGGGCCCAGAGGAGCGCAGGCGCACUGCGUUGCUAGUCUUGGGGCCUCUCUCCGGGACACUAUGGCGCUCAACAAGAACCACUCGGAGGGCGGCGGAGUGAUCGUCAACAACACCGAGAGCAUCCUCAUGUCCUACGAGCAUGUGGAGCUCACGUUCAGCGACAUGAAGAACGUGCCGGAGGCCUUCAAAGGGACCAAGAAAGGCACCGUCUACCUGACCCCGUACCGGGUCAUCUUUCUGUCCAAGGGGAAGGAUGCCAUGCGGUCCUUCAUGAUGCCCUUCUACCUGACGAAGGACUGCGAGAUCAAGCAGCCCGUGUUCGGGGCGAACUACAUCAAGGGGACGGUGCAGGCUGAGGCAGGAGGCGGCUGGGAAGGCUCUGCCUCGUACAAGCUGACCUUCAUGGCAGGGGGCGCCAUCGAGUUCGGACAGCGCAUGCUGCAGGUGGCCUCGCAAGCCUCCCGAGGCGAAGCCCCGCCCGGAGCCUAUGGCUACUCCUACCUGCCCAGCGGGCCCUACGUCUUCCCCCCGCCCGUCGCCAACGGAAUGUACCCCUGCCCUCCCGGCUACCCCUACCCGGCGCCCCCGCCCGAGUUCUAUCCAGGACCUCCCAUGAUGGACGGGGCCAUGGGGUACGUGCAGCCCCCGCCGCCGCCCUACCCGGGGCCCAUGGAGCCGCCGGUCAGCGGCCCUGCAGUCCCCUCCACUCCCGCAGCCGAAGCCAAGGCUGCAGAGGCAGCCGCCAGCGCCUACUACAACCCGGACAACCCGCACACCGUCUACAUGCCCACGAACCAGCCUCCGCCCCCUCCCUACUACCCCCCGGAGGAUAAGAAGACCCAGUAGACCCCGCCUCCCGCCUCUGGUCACCCAUCCUCGUCCCCCCGGGGCCGGAGGGUGACGGGGGCCUGUUCCUCUCCAGCUCUGACUAUAAACACUUGCCAGGAACCGGCGUCCAGGGAAGGAGGGCCCCUUGGCUGGGAGCUGCCCCCCAGCUCCCCCGACCGGAGCCCCCCUGCCGGGCGCACCCCUCGCACAGCGGGCUCUCCUGGGCGCGGGCCCCCAGCUCCUGUCCUGCUCUAGUAGCUUCUCCCCUCGAGGGCUCUCCCCUCCUCUGCGCUGUCCGGCUCCCUCUGGCGGCCACGUUGGCCCAGCCUCCCGUCCGCCCAGGGCCCAGCCUCCCACAUUCCCGGCCCCCGGCCUGGUGUCCGCUCACAUUCCGACCCCAGCGCCUCCGCCUCCGUCACCCCAUCUC